UGAAUAAUUUACAUGUUAAAACAGAUCAAGUAUAAACAGUCACUGUUAAAUGCCCUUUUUUUUAGUGUGUUGUGCACCCAUACUCUUAACUUGUAUUAUUUUGUCUCCUCCAUAUAAGCAAAAGGAGACAGUAUUUGCUUUUCAGGACUCGCUACAGUUGUUGUCUUCGCUCCAGUGUGCAUUCUUUAUUCGAAAUCGCUCUCUGGCGUCCGGCGUGCCGGUCUCUUAACUGAACGCUGACCUUACUGCGUGUAUUGAUGCGACACGGGACUUGUGGAAGGCAUCGACCUGCUUUUAAAAGUAAAGCACACGCACCAAACAACGCAUUUCAGGCUGCGAUUUGUAAUGGUAUGCUGAUGUUCUUGGAUCAUAAGCAGUGCUAGGAAGAACUUGGAUUUUUCCUGAAUAUUAAAUCAAUGCUAGGAUAGCGUGGACAGAGAGAUCGAGAGAGCAAAAUUCCAGGGCAGCAUGGCGGCUUCGAGCUCCCGCUGCGCCUUCUACCUGGGCUUCCUGGUGGGUACCUGCAUCCUGUACUUCUUCAUGACUCCGGUGUGGUUCGAGAGGAAAUUCAAGAUGCAGCCCGACAGCCAGGUCCCCUCCAUGGCAGGACAGUGGGGAGAAGAGAACCAGAGCUGGAGGGUGGAGGGAUCGGCGCUCAUCAAUCUUCGGCACCCACACCUCCAAGGGGAGGACAGCCGCGUGGCGGACCAGCUCUACAAGAAGGUCCGCAUCCUCUGCUGGGUCAUGACCGGCCCGGACAACUUGGAGACCAAAGCCCGCCACGUGAAGGCCACCUGGAGCCGUCACUGCAACAUGGUGAUCUUCAUGAGCUCCCGCGAGGACCCAGACUUCCCUACAGUGGGGCUGGGCACCAAGGAGGGACGCGACCAGCUGUACUGGAAAACCAUCCGAGCCUUCCAGUACGUGGAGCAGCACCACUCCCACCAGGCCGACUGGUUCCUCAAGGCGGACGACGACACCUUCGUGGUGGUGGACAACCUUCGCUGGAUCCUCUCCAACUACACCGCCAACGAGCCUGUCUACUUCGGCAAGCGCUUCAAGCCCUACACCAAGCAGGGCUACAUGAGCGGCGGGGCGGGCUACGUGCUGAGCAGGGAGGCCCUGCGCCGUUUCGUGAAGGGCUUCCGGACCAAGGUGUGCACCCACACCACCUCGGUGGAGGACCUGGCCCUGGGACAGUGCCUGGAGAAGAUGGGCGUGCUGGCUGGAGACUCCCGGGACUCCAUGCACCGGGAGACCUUCCACCCUUUCGUCCCAGAACACCACCUCACCGUCAAAUUCGCCAAGAGCUUCUGGUACUGGAACUACUGCUACUACCCUAUUGUGGAGGGUCCUCAGUGCUGCUCGGACCUGGCCGUCUCCUUCCACUACGUGGACGCUGAGCUGAUGUACAUGCUGGAGUAUUACACCUACCACCUACGGGCGUAUGGGUACCAGUACCGCUACCAGCCCAGCCUGCCUGAGGGAGUGGAGCCAGACUCUGCCAGGACAGAGCACUCCCCGCUGAGCCCCGAGAUGGACGCCCCCGGGAACGGCACCUCCAAACUGUGAUCACGCUGCUCUCUCUACAGCUGCACUGGACCUGUCCCGUGAGGAGUGCUGAUGAAGAGUGAAGACCGUGAAACUGCAGUACCAGGGUUACACUGCAGGGGCAGGAUUACUAAACAAAGUAGCUCUACCCAAGACUACUGUAAAACAGUAUUUUUUUUUUUUUUUUUUUUUUUUUGUCAUGUUAAUUUCACUAAUGGCCUUCAAAGUCCAUUUUUGCUGCAAUAAAUGUUUGCGUUUCUUUUAAUGUACGGCACAUUUAAUUUUACAGAUUUAAUAAAUGCAAAAUUAGCAAACAUUUCUUGCACGCAAAAUGUUCUUGUUUUACAGUCUUAAGUGUCUAUUCACACGUUUGUCUGUUUUUCUAAAUAUACCCAGACUGAAGCAAACUGGGGGGGGGGACAACUCUCCUUGGAAACUAACUAGCUUUGCUUCCAUAUUUUCUUGAACUCAUUUUGCUUUCACAAUACGAUUCAGAACCAGCUGCCAAAGCGAAGCCUCUGCAUUCAGUUAAAACACCCUGAAAGGGAGUGUGUUUGGAAACAUUACAUUUUUUAAAUUUAUUUAUUUUUUAAAGUGGUGCAAAUCAAAAGGUUCUGAAGAAUGGGGUGGUUAAUUAGUUCAGAGUGUAUUGUACAGUAAUCUCAUCCUUGCAGUAUUAGUCUCUGGGUGUGUUCCUAGCACCAGGCUCUGCCUGUAUUAGCACUGUAAACCCAGCUGCCUCAUUGUCUUGCUGGGUGUUGAUGGUGAAAUGUACUUUGCACUGCCCAGCUGUAGCACAAAGGGCAAUUAAGGGGCUUCAAAUUUUAACACAAGCGUGAAAUAAAGACUAAUUCACUUAUUCUAGCUUGAAAUUGAACUGAAUGCUUCAAGAUACUAUGGGCAUCACUCUGUUACUGUCUGAUGGUUGAACAAAGAUGUGUUGAGUGUCUGAUUUCCUGCUGUUGCAUUUGAGGAAGAAAACCAUUUGCAGUUUGUAUAUGUAGCUUUUAUACCAAAAUCUUGCCAAAGGUGUUUUUUUUUUUUUUUUUUUUUUUUUUUUUUUAAAAAAAAAUAAGAUAUUUUAGAUAACAAAUUGAAAGUUUAAGAAGGUCUAAAAAAAACCAAACAACUUAAUGUCUGUAUCAGAGCUAAAGCUGGUCUCUGCAUUGUAUUUUACAGUUUGUUCGUGUUGUAAUGUUGAGUAUGAUCCCAAGUAUUGCUCCACAGAGCACUUCCGGGCUGAAGACUCAGUGGUACAGUAGUGGUUAUACUUACACAAAUGUUGGUAAUGUGUUCUGUGACGGCGAGUGUCUCUUUCUAAAGAACUUUUAAAAGGCAAAGUAAGUCGCUUUUAAAAAUAAUGAUGCUGUUUUCAUUUUAAAUCACCAAGCGUGUAUUUAAAGUUAAACAUUUCGCUGAAAUGUACCAACAUACCAACACAGUAUAUAUCACUUCGAGUGGGUUGGUUUGCUGCAGCAAACACAAGUUUCUGAAGUGCAGUAGGUACAGCAGGAGCAUUUUGAUCUGUCGUCUAAGUCCUAAAGUCAAUGAAGCCGUUCUUUAUGCCAGUGGGACGAUAAUGCUGUCCUGUGUAUCUAUUGAGCGUUGUACUUGAGAUAAAAAUGACCCAUCUGGUGGGUUCCAGUGAACGAACCAAUCAGGGCUCGGUGUUACGUGUGUGUGUUGUAACAGCUGAAGAAAUAGUGUUAAGUUGAAUUAUGUGUGGCCACCCAGGCAAUAAAUGUGUUUUUAUUCA